AUUAAAAAAUAGAACAGAAUAUAAUAGAAUGGAAAUGUAGGAGAAUCAAAAAAUUAAAAAAUUAAUAAAUGUAGAAAAACACGAGUGGAAAUAGAAAAAAAAUAGAAAGACAAUGAAUAAGGGAACGAGAUAAUAGAGAGACGGUAAAAAAGACAAAAACUAAUAGAAUCGGAAAUAGAAAAAUAAAACAUUUUUUUCUUAUUUUUAUUGUGUUUAUUAUUUCGCUUAUUUUUUUUCUCCCUAAACCGAAUAAAUUCUUCUCAAAAUCUAUUAAAUUUAGUCGUUUUCUUCUUCCCCAUCAAAAUUAAAACAGUUUAAUAGCCUAUUACGAAAUUAAAUAAAUGAUAAUAGCUUGAAAACCGCCACAAUUUCCCUCGUAAAUUCUCGCAACGAGUCCCAAAAUAAUGAGUUUUGUACGUGACAAAAGCUCAUCGUAAAUGGAUAAAUGUAAUGCAGAGAGUGGGUUAGCGUGUCGACCAAGAUGAUUUCGAAAAGACAAAGAUGGUACUUGGGCUGCGUGUCUCUACAGGUGUUGGAAAUGUUCAUAAAAUCGCUCCAUCACGCGCCAGUCGUGAAAACACCACCAAACAAGAGUGACAAGCGAAUUUUCCCAUUUUAAUCGAGCCUGUAUAUGGCACUAGCAUGGGCCACCACCAACUCUGGGUCAACUUUAGUUCCCUCGGCGAGGGCAACUUGUCGGCAGUUUUGCCUCGGAUGAUGACCGAAAUGGUCGAUGGGGUUUUCGGGGAAGAACCCUACGAUUUGGUACUGCCAAGUGACGAUGUUUGGCAAACGAAAAUUUACUACAAGUUGGUGGAAAAACAGAGAUUGGAGGAUGCUUUGGAACAGGGGGAAAUGUGGCUUCAACAAGAACUCAGCGAGCCGAAACUCCACGAUUGGCUCAUCCAACCGAAAAAGAAACAAAUCGAAUGCUCUCCACCAAUCAGAAACGCGGAAAAAAGAAGAAAGAGAGAGGCGGGGCCGGGACCGAUCACGUGGACUGUUUCAGACAUAUCAAAAGCUGGGUGUAUCCUAGCCCAGCCUCCAGCACCGACCACUUUCGACGACGAACAAGAGAUGAGAAGAGUGUAUACUUUGAUUUACGACGUUUUUAGACAUAAAAAUGUCCUUACGCAGGCCUUGAAUGAUAUCGCAUUCUUCCACUUUUACCCCGAGUUGGAAACGAAACUACCUCACAUUUGGCUCCUUUUCUACGACUUGUACCAUCGUGGUUUCAAGAAACGUGAAAUAGCGGUGGCCUCCCUCGCCGUGAAACUCUUCAAAGAGGUGGGCGUGUGGGAGGUGGAGGCGGCGUUAUGGGAGUGGCGAACGAAAUUGGCGGCGGCGGUGGCACGCCUACGAAUCAAACACAGUGCUUUAAGUCUCAGCGAUUUACUACCGACUCAUCUACGGGGCGAAACUGGGGGCGGCGGCAUGGUCACUUGCUGGAUUAAUCUUAAAAAAAUCAAAAACACCCUCGAGUUGAAACAACAAAUCGAAUCCGAGUUUUCCCUCACUCCUGUCGACUCGACACGCCCACUUACCCCCACCACCUACACGUGGGAUAAGCACUGUCCGCAUAUUGUUGUUUUUCACUCCUCCCUUCGCUCCGCCCUCGCUCGUAGUCGACUAAUCAAAUCGCAUAAACUUGUCGUACAAGAUCGUUCGUUUUGUCUUGGCCCCGCCACAUUUUAUAAACACGUGACUGACCUUGAACUUGCUGGAAGUGUCAUUCAAACUCAUGUCAAUUCCCCAAGAACCACGGCCUACUUAGCAACGAUACUUUCACAAAAUGAAAAAAUUAAAAAAUUGAUGGCGUUUAGUGCUGGUGGACGUAAACUUGAAUAUGAAACGUAUCUCAGUAGGCUGGGUAUGACGAAUGUGGCGGUGUUUGCUGAUAGGUUGAUUGAUGUGUCACCUGAUGCGAAUUAUAUGGAAGAGGUGGUGGCUGUAUUUGCCACGCCCCCAAAUAGUUAUAGUGCGGUUAAUGAUCCAAUUGAUUUGGUUUGUAGUAGAGGGGGGGAUUUGUCAAUGUUGGAGAUUUUGACAGAAGCGGAGGAGAGUGAGGAGGGGAGGCAAAGAGUGUUUAGGAUAUUGGAUGAGCAGAGGAAGACUUUGAGGUUUGCCAUGUCAAGACCACAGAUUCAGUUUGUCCUUUACGAAACCCAUUCGGGAAUCGACGCUGAAAACGAUGGAAUGAUCCAAAGAACUGUCAAAGAAGUGAACAAAAACGCCAAAUUACACCAUGCAACCCUUCAAGGUAAACUCGUUGUCCAAAUCUACCCUGAACCAAUCCUCGAAAUAAACAACAAUAGUGAAAAACUGGACGAAAACGAACAAAAAACUUCAGAAAGUGUCAAAUUAUCAAUGGAUAGCGACGAAAAACUCUUCGAAAACAUUCCGGUACCAGAAACGGAUAUUUUUGACGUUCCAAAUCUACCUCAUUUGUGUCCGAGCGACACAUCUUGUAUAAAUUAUGUAAAAGAAGGGUGUUUUUUGGCGUUGGUUCAGCGAAAACAAGUUAUCAGAUUGGAUAAUAAAUAUAUGAUACAGAUGGCCGAAAAUCGGGGACUUUUUGGACGCACUUCCUCGUCGAGUACAAAAGCGAAAGGGGGAAAAACCGGUAGAAAAAAGCAAGAAAAGGAGGUGAAACAACCCCCAAAGAGCAAGAGAAGGAUCAAGGAUCUCGAGGUGGCCCGAAUCGCCGCCCCCACACACACCUUCCUCCGUCACACCAAAGAUUGUGAUAUUGAACGUUGUUGUCGUUGCCAACUUGAUGAAGAUGUAAAAGAAAAACCAUCGAUUUAUCGUCAAUGGUGGUCAGAAACUACUCGACAUCUUAUAGCUUUACGUUCAAAUCUUGUCAAAAACAAAGUUUUACUACCACCACUAAGAAAAAACAGUAAAAUUGAUACAAAACUCGUCAUAGAUUCUUUCAUCUCGAAUAAAAGUAGAAAAAUCGACGAAAUUGUUGCAAAAAGUCGAGGAGAAGAUCAAACAGCAGUUCCAAUUUUUCCAAAAUUGAAACUAACAAGAGAAAAUCGAGUCGAAAAAGUACAAAUGCAACUACCAGUCACGAUGGUCAAGUUUGGUUCGCUGUGAUUUAAAAAAAAAUAAAAAUAAAAUGAGCAUUUAUUUGGUUU